GAUCCGGAAGUGAAUGCAUUCUUAACAACACAGCUCAUCCAUAGCUAGAGCUUGAGCUCAGCAUAACGAAAUUAAUAUACGUCUUGAAGUCAGAAAUUCAACUUAUUGUUAAAAUCCACUUCGAUCAUUAAUUUGUAAAAUAAAUCCAUUAUGGGUGAUAGGCUGGAUAAUGUCUUCACAGCUAAAGUAGCUGAACAAGCUGAGCGAUAUGACGAUAUGCAAGAAGCAAUGAAGCAAGUGGCAAAGUUAGAUACGGAGUUGACAAUUGAGGAGAGGAACCUGCUGUCAGUGGCCUACAAGAAUGUGAUCGGUGCAAGACGAGCAUCAUGGAGGAUCAUCAGCAAUAUAGAAGAAAAAUUAGAAACUCAAGGCAAUGAACAACAAAAGGAACAGGUGAAGAAAUACAAGGCAGAGAUUGAAGGAGAAUUGGAGAAGAUUUGUGAUGACAUUUUGGAGGUUCUUAACUCGCACUUGUUAAAAUCUGCAGCAUCAGCCGAAUCUAAAGUUUUCUACAAUAAAAUGAAGGGCGAUUAUCAUCGAUACAUGGCAGAGUUUACAUCUGGCACCCUUCGAAAACAAGCAGCGGAGAACAGCCUUGAAGCCUACAAGGCAGCAUGCGAAACUGCUACCAAUGAACUUGCCCCCACGCACCCGAUCCGUCUCGGACUAGCCCUCAAUUUCUCUGUUUUCUACUACGAGAUUCUGAAUUCUCCAGAGCGAGCUUGCAGACUGGCGAAAGCUGCGUUUGAUGAUGCGAUUUCCGACUUGGAAUCCAUCAAAGAUGAAACUUACAGGGACUCAACCCUCAUCAUGCAACUUUUAAGAGAUAACUUGACCUUGUGGACAGCCGACAUGGAUGGUGACGUUGAUGAUGCUGAGGGAGGUGAGAAAGAAGGAAAAAAAGAAGCAGUAGCAGCAGCUGCCCCAGAGGAACCUGCUAAAGAGGAACCUGCACCAGCUGUGGAAUCAUAGUGAAACCCUAGCUUAGGAAGAGAAUGACACUUGCUGCAGUUUGAAGAAAGGGAUCAUAGCAGAUGAAUAGCUUAGUCAAGUUUCUACAGCUGACAGAGAGGUCGUUUUAACUUGCUCUGGUGUUUGUCUUUAAUUGUGGUCAUAUUUUAAAGCCAGCCAUAAGAGAAAUUUCUUGAUCAGUUCUCUAAAUUGUGUGAGAUGAUCGGAAAUGCCUGCAUAAGUCUUAAGUAUAUUUAUAAAUGUGUUAUUAUAUUUCAGUAUCCAGAUUAUUGACAUUCAUCUACGUCUAUUGGUAAAUUGGUCGGUACCCAGAAUGAUGAUCUAUUUAUUUGGUCAGUGCAAAUGAAAACUAUUUCCUGGAUGAUUGACAUUAUAUGAAGUUUAUUAAUUGGAGUAGAUUAUUCUGAUUGAUCGAUUGAUUGAUUGAUUGUUUAAUUGAUCGAUUGAUUUUUUUCAGCACCAUAACCCAUAUCUGUGGCAGUUCAGGUCCAGUAAGUUACCUUAACAAUCCUUCUGUAGGUAAACCAAACAAUCCUUCUGUAGGUAAACCAAACAAUAAAGGAUUGAGAAAUGGUUGUGCAGAAAACCCCUAAAACAAUAGUAUCAAUGCUGUAUGGUAAUUAUGAUUAGGGUUGGUUGUAUUAAUCAGAGGGUUGUUGGGUUCGUGGUGUAUCUAAUGAGGGUGUAGUGGUCCAUCUAUAUUUAAUAUGCUGGUGGGUUCUUGUAGACCAUUAAAUUUUAUCAUAGCAUAGAAUUAAUUAAUUUUUCAUGACCAUUUGCAAUAAUUAUUAAUUCAUUCAUGUUUUCGUAGUGUGGAUUAUCUGGCUCUUUCAUGUGUCUGCUGUCACUGUGUACUCCAUUAUGCUUUGGAUGUGUUAAGCCAUGGAGCUAUUGGAACCAUGUUAACCUAACAUAAACAUUGAAAAUAUUAUCUUCUAAUUCUGUAUUUGUUCAGUUACAUAAAUAUAUUCCAGGGUUGGCUUACUUGGGAUUUUAGAACAAAGACUCCAUGGAUCCAUUACUAAGAAAUGAGUAAACCACCAAAAUCAUGAUCAUAAAAUAUAUGAAAUUUAUGUUCUAUAAAGUUGUCAGAACAUUAAAAUACUUAUAGUAACAAUACAAUAUCCAACUUUGAUUCAAUAUUUGGCUGAUAUGAAAUAUAAUGCAUACAGAUACAAAAUUGCCUAAUGAUGGCUAUAUAAAUUGUGUAAAAGGAUAAAUAUAUUAAUAUGGAAAUUUUAGUCCCCAAUACAUAUUAUGGGGAAUAUAUAAGUUGACAGCCAAAUGCAUAUCAGGUGAUCAUUUAAAUGUUACCAUUAAACAUAUCCAAAAGUUUUGUUGACCAGUGUUUGAAGUUGGUGACAAUUUCUGUGGGAAUAUCUAAAUAUGUAUUAUUCUAUAGGCUACCAUAAAAGUAUAAUGGUCUCCUUUUUAUCUAAUUUUUUAAAAUGAAAUAUUUAAGUAAAUACUGAUUGUAAGUAAACUUUCGCUGUUUCAUAUGAUGAUGAUGGUUAUUACACAGCAAAUCGUCUUUGGCGUAUAUGUUAACUGUUUGGAAAUGUUGUAAAAUCUGUUGUUUUGUUCCGUCCAAUUUGUAAUUGUGUUUUUAAUUUUUCUGUUUGGAUAACCUAUUUAUUAAGCAUUGACAUCAUUUGAAGUUUUAGAUGUUCAUUGAAGCCACCAAUUUAUUAAAAAAACAAAUUAUAAUUAAAAAGUUAAAUUUCUGAUUUCAGGUACUGUUUUUCAACUAGAUUUCAGAUACUGUUUUUCAACUAUCCCUUUUUCUUUAAGAUAAAUUAGAGAAAAAUUACCAACAUAAUAGCUUUUAAGUUUUUACAUUAGUAUGUUUUUUUUUGCCACCAUGUAUUGCGGAUGGAAGUGGAAUCUAUAUCAUUUUUUAUAUAAGUAUAUUUUUGCAUAUUAGCUGUCUUAUAAGGAAAAUUCUUGACAUACUGAAGCCUACUUUUUCAAACUUUCAACUAAAUUUCUUAAAACUACAGCAGUUGCUGGCCAUAAUCUAUCAUAUCCAGUGGCAGAUUCAAGGGGGCUCGGGCCGGCUUCCCCCCCCCCCCCCUAAAUUUUUCAAAAUUAAAAGAAGAAAAAAGGAAAAUUAUAUUAUAAUUCUUAGAGUGCCAUUUCUGGUCAUAUUCCUGGAUCCGCCACUGAUAUCCCAGAUACACACAAGAGAAACGGUUACACAGGAUAUGUAUUAGUGAUAAUGGAGCAUUCCAGAUUGUCCAUCAAAAUUUAUAGCUGACCAAUCAGAACAGGGGACCUUAGCAACAAUAUCCAAG